GCAGCAGCCGCCGCCCCCACCAGGAAGAAAGCUCCGCCAGCGGCCCCUUCCCCACCUUUGGAAAUGGCUGGUGAAAUCACAGAGACCGGGGAGCUCUAUUCUCCCUACGUUGGACUGGUGUACAUGUUUAACCUCAUCGUGGGCACCGGCGCUCUCACCAUGCCCAAGGCCUUCGCCACUGCUGGGUGGCUUGUCAGCCUGUUCCUGCUGGUGUUCCUGGGCUUCAUGAGCUUUGUGACGACCACCUUCGUCGUGGAGGCCAUGGCAGCGGCCAACGCUCAGCUCCGCUGGAAGGGCAUGGAGAGCCGUCAGGAGGAAGACGAUGACAACUCCUCCACAGCCUCCGACAGUGACAGUCUUCUCCAGGACAACUACGAGCGAGCGGAGAAGCGGCCCAUCCUGUCUGUGCAGAGACGUGGGUCUCCAAACCUUUUUGAAAUCACCAACCGGGUGGAAAUGGGACAGAUGGCUUCCAUGUUCUUCAAUAAAGUGGGGGUCAACUUGUUCUAUUUCUGCAUCAUCGUUUACCUGUACGGGGACCUGGCCAUCUACGCUGCCGCCGUGCCCUUCUCCCUCAUGCAGGUGUCCUGCAGCGCCACUGGCAAUGACUCCUGUGGUGUGGAGGCUGACACCAAGUACAACGACACAGACCUGUGCUGGGGGCCCCUGCGCCGCGUGGACGCCUAUCGCAUCUACUUGGCUGUCUUCACUCUCCUCCUGGGACCCUUCACCUUCUUUGACGUCCAGAAGACCAAGUACCUGCAGAUCCUGACCUCACUGAUGAGAUGGAUCGCCUUCGCCAUCAUGAUCGUGCUGGCCCUGGUCCGCAUCGGGCGUGGGCACGGGGAGGGGCACCCGCCCCUGGCCAGCCUCUCGGGGGUCCGGAACCUGUUCGGGGUGUGCGUGUACUCCUUCAUGUGCCAGCACUCCCUGCCGUCGCUCAUCACUCCCGUCUCCUCCAAGCGCCACCUCACGCGCCUGGUCUUCCUGGACUACGUGCUGAUCCUGGCCUUCUACGGCCUCCUCUCCUUCACCGCCAUCUUCUCCUUCCGCGGCGACAGCCUCCUGGACAUGUACACCCUCAACUUCGCGAGCUGCGACAUCGUGGGCGUGGCCGCCGUGCGCUUCUUCCUGGGCCUCUUCCCCGUGUUCACCAUCAGCACCAACUUCCCCAUCAUCGCCGUGACCCUGCGCAACAACUGGAAGACGCUCUUCCACCGGGAGGGCGGCACGUACCCCUGGGUGGUGGACCGCGUGGUGUUCCCCACCAUCACCCUGCUGCCCCCGGUGCUGGUGGCCUUCUGCACCCACGACCUGGAGUCCCUGGUGGGCAUCACAGGGGCCUACGCGGGCACCGGCAUCCAGUACGUGAUCCCCGCCUUCCUGGUGUACCACUGCCGCAAGGACAGCCAGCUGGCCUUCGGCCCCGGGGCCGUCAACAAGCACAGGUCCCCUUUCCACCACACCUUCUGGGUGGGCUUUGUGCUGCUCUGGGCAUUCUCCUGUUUCUUCUUCGUCACCGCCAACAUCGUCCUCAGCGAGACCAGGCUCUGAUGGCAGGCGUGUCUGCUGACAAGAGGGCUGGGGGCCCCGGCCUGGCCCCACGUCGUCCCCUCUGCCUGCAGAGACCUAGUUGCCUCCCAAGUCUCCAUAGGGCAGGCGAGGCGUGGGCUCAUGCAGGGGACCCUGCACACCUCCAGCUGGGCGUCUCAUCCCCACUGCAGCUUCUUUCCAAGAGCCUACACCUCACCUCAGCCUGGGGCGGCCUCCUCCCACCAGGCAUGGGGCUCUCCCAGACUCCAGGACUGGAUCCCGGAAUGGACCCCCCUGCUUUACGCACACGCCCCGCCACCCCGCCACCAGGUGGCUCCUCUCCCUGCACGGUGGGGAUGCAGCGCCUGCACUGCCACUGUUUAUAGUAGUCACCACAUCUCCUCUGCCCUCCCAGCCCCUCCUGCAUCCUCGUCUGGGAGAUCUCCCCUAGAAGCUGCCUCAGGAUGGACCCCAGGCCCCAAUCCCCUCCCCGCUGGGCCCCCCAGUGAUGAGCAGGGCCCACCUUCCCGCCGGACUUGGUGCCACUCCUAGGGGAGGGCCUGGCCUGCCCUGAUGACAGGAACAGAAGGUGCUAAUCCGCACCAGGGGCCCCAGGCCAGGGCUGUGGGACGCUGCUGUGGGCGCCAGCUCCUGUUGGCUGCUGAGCUGCGAUGACUUGGAGCAGCCCUUCCACGGGCGCAGCAGCUGGUACAAUGGUUUAAAGCCCUGAAGGGGCUCCUCUUUCUCUGACUGCCCCACUGUGCUCUCGGGCCUCCUGCAGUUCGGGGGGCAGUGUAUAAGACACUAAAGGGGAGCUGCCCCCACCCGCCACUCAGGAUGUGGGAGUGCCAUGGGCAUGGAGCAGGGAGCAGCCUCCGUGUUUCCUACCCAUGAGCCGUCAGGCCUGCUCCCAGUCCCUGCUCCAGCACUAAAGGUGUCUCCCUGUCCAGCCAGGCUGUGGGUGCUCAGUGUUGACACACUACACGUCCCUUGGGCGCCAUGGGAUGAGAUGUAGCACUGAUCCCCGUUCCCACGGAAGGAGGGUCGGGCUCCCAUCCACUGAGCCAGCUCUUCCGCGAUCCCCUCCCAGUCACAGUCACGCAUGCACCUCGGGGUGCCUUCCCCGGAAACAGGUGACUGAUGAACUCCGCGUUUUCAAUGUGCCUUCUGCUGCAGGGCCCAGGGUUCCUUUCUGACCCUCCCCGGCUGCCCCAGCCCCAGGCCUGCACCCACCGGUCCUGGAGCCCAGAGCUGCUGGGCCAGGAGCUGCCUCUCGCUGGGCUCUCAGGCCCCUGCCCCUUUCUCUCGAUUUCAGUGCCUUGCUCAGCCCUCACUAGGGAACCUUGCUGCCUCCCCCUGCAUUGCACCGGCUUCAUACCUUGGACAGAGUGGCGACACUGGGUGUCCUGGGGCUGUGGUGGUGUCAGGAGGGCAGAAGGACAUGCGGGACUAGCAGGAACGUGGGGCGUCCGCGGGCAGCACUACCCCCCACCUUUGGCCCCAGCAGCCCUAGCCUGUGAGAACCCCGUGAUCUGCUCUCUCACAUGUGGUCACACAUCUUCAGUCUCGUCUUGGCCCCGUGUGUCGUCAUUUUCCAUUCGCCUUCUGCACCUGCUGUGGUGGCUUCUUUCCAGGAGUCCCUACCCUGAGCAGGGAGGGCCCUAAGGUGGACCAGCCCCCAGUGGCUCAGGCCCUCCCUAGAGCUGCCCCACUGUUCGCUGAAAACUCAAUUAAAACAUCUGUACUUACCCUUCUCCAAUUAUGUUUCCUUUUGCUUAAGGACAAAGCAAAUUAAAUCAUCCUGCUUCCCCAAGCUCCACA